CAGCUCUUGUGGGGUGUUCCCGGUCUGCAGAGGUCAGUACCUAUCAAAAGUGGUCCAAGGAAGGAGAAGCAAUGAACCGGCAACAGGGUCAUGGGUGGCCAAGUCUCAUUGAUGCAUAUUGGGAGCAAAGUCUGGCCUGUGUGGUCCGAUCCAACAGAUGAGCUACUGUAGAUCAGUGUUGACAGAUGUUACAGAGACAAACAGUGCUACAUUAUGCUGUUCAUGAGUUAAAGAGUCUGACAGCUAUUGGAAUGAAGGACCUGCAGUUGCGCUCCUUUUUGCACUGUGGGUGCAGCAGUCGGCGGGCAACAAGUUUGCAAGAUAGACUGGGGGUUUGUUGUAGUAGUCUGACAUUCUGCUGAGUUUAGUCUGUUGGGGAAGGGGCUUGAAUAAUUGUGUUUAAUUAAGAAGGCGUUCAGUGCAUAACCCACAUAUUUCACUUCAUCCCGGUGGAAGGUGCAUUUCAUUCUUUUAAGCUGCAACCUGAUCUCUGCUAGUCUCUUUAUCUUUGCUACUUGUUAAUAUAUCAUCAAGAUAAAAUGCUACUAGUAGCAUGCCUAGCAGUAGGCCUUCCUAAUCCAUUGGAAUAUCAGCACUCCAAAAAUCAAGGAGCUUUAUAGUUGUGUUUUUGUGCAAAGGUUGUUUUGGUGAUUCUGUUAAUUUUAUUUAUUUUAUCUCCUUCACUGCUUUGGUCAUCUUUCUUUAAAUUGUUAGUUUUACACAUGCAGAGUCAUUCAACAAGUUGGUGAUGGGUUUUCUUUUUUGGAUUUAGCUGUUUAUAAUGAUACCUUCCUACAUACUGUAUAGAUUUCCUGCAUUUUGUUUAGAUCAUGAAUGGACAGCAGACGUACUUUUCACAUUCAUUGAAAACAGUAGCGGCAGUUAGAGUGUUCCUGCUCUCUCUGUGUUUUAUAGAGUGGGGCCGUCUUCCACCAGAAUAAAUGUGAAAUGUGAGAAAAGAAACAAAUGCAACAGAGAUCUGGAGGUGUCAUGAGCUAUAUACAGCAGGGAAUGGAUAUUUUUGCUCACUCCGUCAAAGAACAAAUUACACACAAGUCACAGCUAAUCUUGGUGUGACACUUUCCAAUUUUUACCCAAUAGUUUGUGUUCACACCUCUUGGCUAAGCUAUCAAUAUGUGUGCGUACUAUAUUUGUCCGGUGGAGAGAGGGAGGAGGGGUGUCUGUGGGCGUUAUAUUUGUGUAUAUGCUUCUGCAGGGAGUAAAGCGUGUGUGUGUGUGUUGGUGUGUGUGGUGGGCCUGUGCUGGCCUGCUUGGCUCAGAGUCAAUCAAAGCUGCUGGAUCUCAGUUAGUCAGUUGUCUCAUCUGCUCCAGCGUAGCUGUAAAUUACUCACAGUGCCAGGCUGGCUGUAGAGGUGGGGUGUAAAGUAAGCAGAGACAGGUUUGGUCCCUUUUCAAUCCAUGUAGCCACUGGACCAUUGCGGAGACACGACACAUGAAUGUGCACGCUGCUUACACACGGUACAAGACAAGAAGAGAAAGAACAGAACCUCCUCUUCUCAGAAUCUGUCUGCCAUUAAUCAACUAUCUUUCUCCAGAAGGACUGACAACACCUUUAUUUCUGUAUAAUACACACCGAUGAGCCAUAACAUUAUCGACUCUGACAGGUGGGUGGGAUAUAUUAGGCAGCAAGUGAACAUUUUGUCCUCAAGUUGAUGUGUUAGAAGCAGGAAAAAUGGGCAAGUGUAGGGAUUUGAGCGACUUUGACAGGGGCCAAAUUGUGAUGGCUAGACGACUGGGUCAGAGCAUCAAAACUGCAGCUCUUGUGGGGUGUUCCCGGUCUGCAGUGGUCAGUACCUAUCAAAAGUGGUCCAAGGAAGGAAAAGCAGUUUAAAAUUAGGUUAUGGCUGAUCAGUGUAUUGUCAUCAUCAUUAAAGUGCCUGUGAUAUAUAUUUUUUAAACAAUGUGAAAACAAUGUGAGGGGUCGACCAUAAUAACGAACCUACAGAAAAUUGCCUUGCCUUAUGCCAGCUGUCUGUACUCAACAGUUUUUGGCACCAACAUACACAUUUCAGUCAGUAUUUAAAAAAAAAUCAAAGUUCAAUACCCAUCCCUAAAACUACUUUACUUACUUAACUUUACACAUCCCAUAUCACUAAUCUUGGCAGGACAGGAUUUAGAUGCUCUGCACCUUUUUAAAUGAACUCUUAAUCCCCUCUGACAUUUUUAAGCUUUGCAAUCAUUUUUAUUUUUUUUUACGCUUGAUAGUUGGUCGUCUGACUAGAUCUUUUUUAUCUUUGUGGUUUGUACAUGGUUGUAUGCAAGGUGUCUUAAAAAAGGUCUUCGUGAGACUACAUGAUCAAAUGAAAAUGACAAUUAAAAGGGCUGAUAAUACAGUGCUAUUGAAUUAGUGGCAACAGAAAUUUCUGCCUUCAAUAGGGUUUGAGCCUUGUUUUCCAAAUAAAGUGAAAACCUCUUGAGCUCAGUGACACACACCACAGCCUGUGAGGACACACGUCUUUCAGUUUCUGUACUACUGAGCCCACUUCAGAUAAAUGUGACGCUCAUUCUUUUUGUAAGAUUAAUUGGUUUUCGUGUGUUUACAUCAUCUCACCCGUGAUGUUAUUGUGACUCACCUGGCAUGAAUACUGGCAUGAAAGCUGACCUCAGUUUUUCAGUAUUGUAUCACUUUGGAAGAGGUAACCUGUGCUUGUACAUCAUACUGCACAGAAGGUUAGGUCAGUCAACACGCAAACACAUACACACACGUACUAUUGCAUGUUAUGUAAAUAUGUCUUGUGUACACACAAACGAACAUGUACUUUAUCUACACACACACAAAAUCACAUCCUGCUGCAAUGCAGGAAUGGAAGGAAAAGGGAAGAGGUAGAUUUUCCACUGACUUCAGUCGCAGCCAAUCACACAGCAGGUGACCUCAACUCUGUUCCAAUCCAAGCCAAUCAGAAGUGAUGAUGAGCUCACACUUCUUCAAUUGCUGGGUCCUGAUUUGCUGCUGUUGUGUGACACAGCGAGAGAAGCAGCCUGUAUUCUUCACAUGGGAGCUUGUGUCAUACACACACAGAAGCAGGCGGGCAGUCAGGCAGCCAGCCCUGUUUGGAAGCUGUUGACAGAAACAUUUUUGCUGUCCUGGUGGUUUGGCAUCUACCAGCAUCCGCACCAUCAUCAAUUAUUUACAACCUCAGCAGUGUGUCCCUGUAUCCAAGUGUGUGUGUGUGUGUGUGUGUGUGAGAGAGUGUGUGCACUUUUCAGUGUGUAUCACAGUGAGUGUGGUCUUGGUAUGCUCUCAUCGGAUCUUUGGGGAGCCAGAAUCUGGGUUUUCUCUCUUCUUCCAGGAACAUGGGCUCAUUUCUGUGGAUAUUCGCAGGACAGGAACACGAUGCUUCGUUUAAGGAUUCUGUGCAGCAGAUUUACAUUGAACCUCUUCAGGUUGGGGUAUUUUCCUGGCAAGAGCUGCGGACUAUUUUUCUUUCGCUAGCUGCCUAAUGCUUUUAUUAACCAAACUGUUGGCUUGACUUGACUUGAACUUGGACUAUAAACCAGUACCUUUAUUAUUUCUGGAUCUAUUUUGUUGAUUAGUCAAAAUGCCUGAAGCAAAUUAUCUGCUCUCUGUGUCCUGGGGAUAUAUAAAGUUCAAGAGGAUGUUGAACAGGGAGCUGACUCACCUAUCAGAGAUGAGCCGCUCUGGGAACCAGGUGUCUGAGUUCAUCUCCAGCACCUUCCUGGACAAGCAACAUGAAGUGGAGAUGCCAUCUCCUCAGACGCAGAAGGAGAAGGAGAAGAAGAACAAGCCCAUGUCGCAGAUCAGCGGGGUAAAAAAGCUGCAACACUCCUCCAGCCUCACAAACUCUAACAUCCCUCGCUUUGGCGUCAAGACUGAGACUGAGGACGAACUCGCUAAGGAACUGGAGCAUGUGAAUAAAUGGGGCCUUAACGUUUUUAAAAUCUCAGAGUUCUCUGGGAAUCGGCCACUGACAGUCAUGAUGUACACGAUAUUCCAGGAGAGAGACUUGUUAAAAACUUUUAAAAUUCCACUUGACACCUUUAUAACAUACCUGAUGACCUUAGAAGACCAUUAUCAUGGCGAUGUGGCCUACCACAACAACAUUCAUGCUGCUGACGUCACCCAGUCAACUCACGUGCUGCUAUCCACCCCCGCCCUCGAGGCUGUGUUCACAGACCUUGAGAUCCUAGCUGCCAUCUUUGCCAGUGCAAUUCACGACGUGGACCAUCCCGGAGUCUCCAACCAGUUCCUCAUCAGCACCAAUUCAGAGCUAGCGUUGAUGUACAAUGACUCGUCGGUGUUGGAGAACCACCAUCUAGCAGUUGGUUUCAAGCUUCUACAAGAGGAGAACUGUGACAUCUUCCAAAACUUGACCAAAAAACAAAGACAAUCACUGCGAAAGAUGGUCAUUGACAUUGUGCUAGCAACAGACAUGUCCAAGCACAUGAAUCUACUGGCUGAUCUGAAAACUAUGGUGGAAACCAAGAAGGUGACCAGCUCCGGUGUCUUGCUGUUGGACAACUACUCGGACAGGAUACAGGUUCUCCAGAAUAUGGUGCACUGUGCAGACCUGAGCAACCCCACCAAGCCUCUCCAGCUGUACCGGCAGUGGACGGACCGCAUCAUGGAGGAGUUCUUCAGCCAGGGUGACCGAGAGAGAGAGAGGGGCAUGGAGAUCAGUCCCAUGUGUGACAAACACAAUGCUUCAGUAGAAAAGAACCAGGUUGGUUUCAUAGACUAUAUCGUUCACCCUUUGUGGGAGACGUGGGCUGACCUGGUACACCCGGACGCCCAGGACAUCCUGGACACGUUGGAAGACAACAGGGAGUGGUACCAAAGCACCAUCCCCCAAAGCCCCUCCCCUGCUUUGGACGAUCCUGAAGAUGGCACUCGACCCCCAGGAGGGGACAAGUUCCAAUUUGAGCUCACCCUGGAGGAGGACGGGGAGUCGGACACUGAGAAAGACAGCGGCAGCCAGCCGGAGGAGGAGGAGGAGGAGGAAGAAGACGAGGAGGAGGAGGAGGAGGAAAACAGCUGUACUGACUCUAAAACACUCUGUACGCAGGACUCUGAAUCAACAGAGAUUCCUUUGGAUGAGCAGGUGGGGGAGGACGAAGAUGUGGAGGAGGUAGCGGAAGAGGGGGAGACACCCUGCUCACAACCGUGUGUUGUGGAGGAAGAGGUAGCAGAGGAGGAGGAGGAGAAAGAGCAAACCCCCCAGACAUAGCAGUUUAUGGACAGCACCAGAUUAACUGUUCUUCUUAGUAAUGACAGAUGAUUAUUUAUAGAAUAUUUUUUGGGUUUUGUGGAGUCUGUCUGUGUUUUUUAUACAUCUAUGUUUAUGGUUCCAAAGCGUGCGCUGCUCUCCACCUUGGCCACUCCUCCUGUCAGCUUUGUUCAGACACACCCACCGGUACUUCUUCAAGUUUUUUUGCACUCAGGAAAACUCCUUUCCAUUCCCGUUCGUACUGAAGUGGUGUGUCUUUAUUUCACUUUCACACCUCCCCUUUACAAGCUUAAGUUUCGGACAUGGACGAGCAGUUCUCAGUCUGCUCAGUGCUGUUCAUACGAUACAUAAUAUCACAUUUCCCUUCCCUCCGCUUCGUCUCAGCCUCGCCUGAAAGUUUAGCAGUGUUUCCGUGUUUUAUCAAGUGCCCAUAUUCUACAGAGAUGGUUAUCGGUGUGUUCAAGGAGAAUCUCCCUCUCAGUUAGGUCAUUUCCUCCCCACUGCGAAUUACGAGGCAUUUUUUUAAGCUGCCGUUCCGCCGAAAACCUGUUGGGACGCCGCAGAGACGAAAGCUGCAGCACACUGGGGAGCUUCUCGAGACACGUUUCUGAUGUGGAAGUCUUCCUUGAAAACCUGACUGAUACAAAGCUCAAAUCUAAACAGCCAUGAUGCUGUCCUAGACCUCUUUAAUUUUUGUAUUGUACUGUAUGUAAGAUUCAGAUAUUUUCUAGAAUUUACUUUUGCAAUCCUAGGCUUUCUGUUGUUAGCAAUGAAGAUUAGAGAACUUUUGGGAACCAAUGGGGGAGAAAUGUGUCAGUGUUUUGAAGGCUGGAGUGUUCUGAGGCAUUUGCACUUGCUCCAAUAGCAUUUAUACUACUAUUCCCAUGCCACUAUACUCAUAUUUUGGUUAGUCCUGUGAGUUGAAAUUUGGAAUUAAUUCAUAAUAAUUCUUAUUUUUAAGAGCGUUUUCACUGAGAAGGAAGCAGGAACCUGAAGUCUUAUGCUUUACUCUCAUUGAAAUUGUUUGUGAAGUGGAUGAAGCCUUUAAAUUUUAUUAUUGUUGCCUGCAGUUUUUUUGAACACAUCCUGAGACAAUGCAAUGCUUUGUAGUUGAUACAAAAAGCACCUUUUUUUUAGAAGCUUGAUUAGUGCUCCGAAUAUACAGAAAUAGUAAUGGUGUUUGAAAACUACUGGGGUGAUUUUAUACCAAUGUUAUGAAAGCUUUUAUUGCCCUUUCUUUCUUUUUUGUUGCCCAUUUUGUUUGAUGUACACAUCAACAGCUGCAUAUCUGCUUGUUUUUCGCCACUUCAUUUUCUUUUACAAGAAGCUAUAAGAAUUUAUUUUGUUUAAUUUUGCCAUUACAACAUUAAACCAAGUUGCUGUCUUUGUUUUUCGACAAGACAAUCAGCUCCGUUGCAUAGUCAUCAGAUAAGACUAUCCUCUACUUAGAUACUCUAAUGCACUGAUAUAUUCAUAUAUCACCACUUUAAUAUUUGAAUAUGUUUUAACUCGCCAAAACACUCACUCAUGAAUACUUAGGCUUGAACAGUGCUGUCUUACACCUCGGCCAAGAGUCUCUUCCUCAUGUUUUCACUUUACACCUGAUGCUAUUAUUUAUUGGUAUAUUUUUCUAUUUGUUAAGUCAGUUUUUGCAAUAUAAAGGUGGUACAGUAAUUAUUUCACUGUAGCAUAGACCACAAUACAGGCUUGCCAGUUACAAUACCCAAAUAUACUUUCUUUUUCUCUCCGUGUACAUAAAAUAUAGAAAAUCAACAAAUGUAAAAAAAAAAGAAAAAAAAACACUUGAAAUACUGCACACUGCUUUUUUAAGAGUGCUUGUUUUAAUUAUGUGUCAUUUCCAAACUUUUUAUUUAAUCUUUCAUUUUGUGCCAAGAUUUAUUUUCUCUCUUUAUUCAUCCUCACCCAAUGCCCUUACCUAUAAUAAAAAAAUUCUGGUUUUAUCGCUGUUUACAAACAUAUAUUUAUUGUGCUGUAUAUAAUAUAUAAUUAUUAAUGUUAUUACUAUCAUAAUGCCGUUUGUCGUAAAUGGUUGAUUCUUAUCAUCCCUUUUGGUGAUGGUGUGGCUGUAUUACGUACCUCUUGUUGAGAGAAUGUUUAUUACACAUGAGCUUCAGUGUAAAAAUGAUCCAUCGACAUGUUGCUUAUCUGAGAACUAGCUCAGUGAAGAGAAGGGGAAAGCCAAAUUGUUUUUUAAAAAGAAACUGUUCCUUGGCCCAUGGGCUGUGCCUUAAAUUCAACGCAUGUCAUUUACUUUUAGCCUUUUUUUUUUCUAUUUUAUUUUCUAGUUCUCUUUUUGCUGCAGUAGUUAAUCUUUUGGCUUGGGUUGGCCUGAUCUCCUGUUAUGAAUUUGAAAAUGUUGCCUUUUUACUGUCACAGCCAAACACAAAUUGCUCUAUCAGAAAAAAUGUGGCACUGGAAAAUAUGUUGUCAGUGCAGAAGUUUCAUUUCAGGUCAACCACAAGUCAUAGAUUUACUACUUGAGUGAUGUGUGGCCUAAAGCCAGAUGUCCAAGAGUCGUAUUUGCUGUAGACCUGGUCUCAACAACUCACACCUUCCUUACGCCCUGCCACUAUACACUCAAAGACGUGACACAACCUGGUCGGAUGUAAAUAAUAUGGGAGUAACUUUGCUUUGUGUGUGUGUGUGUGUGUGUGUGUGUGUGUGUGUGUGUGUGUGUGUGUGUGUGUGUGUGUGUGUGUGUGUGUGUGUGUGUGUGCAGAGUUACUGCGGUGUCGUCUACUAUCCGCGUGGUUGUAUCACAGCUACAAACACUGAAUGGGGUGCAAUAGGAGUGUGUAGUUGCCGCUCGAGCACAGCCUACGAAGCACAGAGGCUUUGAGACACAUCUGCAUGUUCAGCCACUGCUGCAUUAAUUAUGGCUGAAACACUGACAGUGUGUUGCUUAUCUAUGCUCGGCCCACACCUCCACUCACAUUACUUGCAAUAUCCAAAACCACUGACAUUUUUCUGCUUGGACAGGAGAAGGGUUUAGUAUAUUUCUGUAGUGAAGGGAGUGGUUGGGAGGGGGGGAGGGAUGGGGGGGGAUAGGGGUUUGGGUGAGAACAUCAUUGUCCCGAAACAGGGACUCUUAUUUUGACACACAUACUGUAGAUUCUAAACAGCCCUGGACCAAUGGAAACAGUGGGUUCUUUUCUCAUUAUGUGUUCUAUUUUUUAUGGUAUGAAAGGAAAACACAAACUGUAACUUAAAAAAAGGUCUUCAGGACAAUUAUUUUUUGGGUUAUGUCUUUAGAAUGCCAACUUGUCUGGAAGUUUCACAAGACAAUUGAAAUGUUAUUUUAAUGGAUUCCUUGUUAAUUGCAGUUUAUUGGAUAGCACUGUAGAUCAUACAACUUUAUGUAAAAAACACAUAAAAAAGAAUGAAAAAAAGUUUUUAUAUGCAAUGGAUUAAAUAAAAGCAUGGGUUGAUUCUGCCUA